GCCCUGUGUUAUUUUCCAAUGGCAAAGCGACGGUCACACUGCAAAGGUGUGGAAAUCUUAGUUUCCACAAAUCGAGCAAAUAUUUGCAUUUUUCAAGCCCCCAAAUUGGCUAAUUAGAGUUUUUAUUGGAUCGAAUUGGCCACCGAGCCCCCGAAACGGAAGUGGCAGUUUAAUGUUUGUUGUGUCGCCUGCUGCGGAGCGAAAAGUGUGACGGCGUCGAUGAGGACGCGUUAAUUUGCGGGUGUGCCAAGUUGGAGAUAAUUGUCUAUUGCGCCCGACCAUGCCGCUGCCUAAAAGAUCGAUAGAACCCGUGCAUGUGGCCCGCUCCGUCUACCAGCAGGAUGAGCUGCAGUCCGUGGAGCUGGAGACGGUCACCAACACAACGCUGACAAACAUCAUCCGCCAGCUGUCCUCGCUGUCGAAACACGCCGAGGAUGUGUUCGGCGAACUGGCCCGCGAUGUGGGCAACAUCGGGGAUCGGGCCAACUCGUUGCAGGCGCGAAUCGAUCGCUUGGCCAUCAAGGUGACCCAACUGGAUAGCACCGUUGAGGAGGUGCCCCUGACGGACAUCACCCGCAAGAAAGCCUUCAAGUCGGCCAAGGUCUUUGACCAGCAGAUCUUCUCGCGCGCCACAAUGCCGGCGCCCAUGAUGGACACAUAUGCUCAAUGCGACAAGCCGCCGCCGCUGGACAAGCUCAACGUCUACCGAGACGAUGGCAAGGAUGGACUCAAGUUCUACACUGAUCCCAAUUACUUCUUUGAGCUGUGGCGCCAGGAGAUGCUGAAGGACACCGAGCGUGUGAUGCACGACAAGGGCAAGAAGCUAAACAGACCGCGGCAGGAGGGAGCCGGCGGAGCGGCUGGACGUGGCAACAAAAAGCAGAAGACCAAAAUAAGGGUGCCGCACAACACGCGCGAACAGCAACGACAACGUGCUCUGGUGCACGGCGAAACCUUGAUGCCCAACAACGUUAUCUACCGCACACCGAACUCCAUGGUCAACGAAGAAGCCGGAUACGGAAUUCAGCUAGUCAAAAUACAGACCGUGGGCGAGGCUGACAUCGAUUUGCGGCAAAGCACUCUCGAUGCGCACCACCAAGUUGUCGGUAAUAUCCAAGACGUAGAUACAAUAAAGCCUUAUAAUAUGCUUUCGCAUUUGGAGAAUAACAGUAAUGUCACCAAGCAAACCGCCGUUGCGAUUGCAGAUAUGGGAGUUUACGAUACUCGUCCACCUCGUCCCAACUCGAUCGAAUUGAACCGAAGUUACCAUUCCGAGCAGAUUGAUGGUAGUACCUACGAGCAGCUUCCUCCCCAGAUGGGUAAUCAGUAUGCGGCCACCUUCGGCAACGGAAUGGGUAACCCCCAGCAGAUGCACAUGCAGCACCAGCAGAUGUACGACGCCGGGCUGUAUCAGUCGCAUGCGCUGUACGGCCAAACGGGCCAGAACGUCAUGUCGCCGGAACCCAUCUACGGACCGGGCACCCCGUCGCGCAACAAGCCGCGACCCUCGCAGCCGCCACCGGCUCCGCCGUCCAAUGGCAGCGGUGGGGGCACGCCCACAGCCUCGAAUGCCAACACUCCGACCCGGGGCAGAAGUAUGUCGACCAGUCGGGACGCCUUGCCACCGCCGCCGCCAGUUCCAGACGUCAUUUCACCAAUGUCCGCCAUGAACGGAGGCAACGGUGGCCACAUGGCGGCCAAACUGCUUGGCCGGGCAAACAGUUCGUCGGGAGCUGGCUCUCCGCAGAUGACUCCCAACAGCGUCCAAAAUGCCAAUGAUAUGGUCAUGACGCAGCUGAGCAAUACUUUCCACAGCAUCGGGAUGGGCGGCAACCAGCUGAACUCCCUUAGCGACUUGCCACCACCACCCCCGGUUCCAGAUCAGCACUCUCCCAAGAUGUCGCCCCCUAAUGCCGCCCCACCGCCGCCGCCUCCACCACCACCUGUAGAGGAUGGCAUGGGUAGUGGCAACCAGCAUACGCUGCGCCCGCACCAAAUUCUGCCCAAAUCAAUGGUCAAUGGCGAAAUGCAGCCUGGCCAACAAAAUGGUGUGCCGCACAUUGUCGCACCUAAAAAGAUGUUGCCUCCAUUCCACGAUCCACGCAACGAUUUGAUGAAGGCCAUUCGAGAUGGUAUUACUCUACGCAAGGUUGAAAAGUCGGAGCAGAAAGAAAUCGAACGCAAUGCGGCGCCACUGGAUGUGGCUUCAAUCUUGGCCAGACGAGUGGCUAUCGAAUUAUCUGAGUCGGAAGAUUCCGAUAGCGAAGACGACAGUGAGGGCUGGAUGGAACCGAACGAAACAUCGGCUUGAUCCCUGAUUAACUCGUUAAAGCCCGACAUAAUUCUAAAAAACAAAAAGAAAAAGUAAUUCCAAAGAGAAUUAAUCCAUACGAUGGUCUAAACCAAGCGUGGUAUACAAUUGGAUUACACAAAAGCACCAAAGCUUUUCUACCACCCUUUAAACGAUAUACACCUAAUCCUAAACAAUAUAUCUAAAAUCAAAACUUUAAUAGAAUUGUAUAUACACCAACGAGUAAUUAUCGCUAAAGUAAUCGCUAUAGUAAACGCAUUUGAAUUUUAAGCCUAGACGACAAUCCAGAAGAAGCUACUAAAACACUAAAUUGAUUUUCGCUUUUUUUGGAGUCAAGGUCUAAAUAGAUAUGGGCUUCUGUAUCAUAGUAGUCGGUGUUUGGAUAUUAAAUUAUAAAUAAUCGAUAUUAUCACUAAACUCAAUCCUACCCCAACUUGGAAUCGAAACGAUUAAUAUAAAACACUUAUCCAAAUCGAAAAUUUAAAAUUUUGUAAAUACAAAUACAUUAAAAUAUCGAACUCCGUAGCAUUUCAAUAUACUCAACAAGCUAUGAAUUUGUAUUAUCCUUGUGAAAGUUAAAUACCUGUAUAAUUAAUGACAUCAUAUGUUUUACGAAAGUAAACAGCCAUGGAUAUGAGUGGUUGAAUAAGCGAAUAUGGAUGUAUUUA